UAGCGACGUGCUUGUGUAUUGCCACUGGAAGAAACAACGGCAAAGAGCAGUGCAGAUCAAUGAUUAUUCCAAUUGAAGGUCUUGCUUGACUUGUGCUACUGGGCCAUUGGACGUUCUUUGUGAAGAAACACUGAAUACUUUCAAUAGGCAGUCUCUUCUUUCAUUGGAGAGAGAAGACCAUAGCUGUGCUGGGGGAGACGGUGGAAAAUCUAGGCUGAUGAUCACAGCCCUCCAGCGGGUACAGACCCAGACAGAGGAGGCUGGCUGUGUGGAUCCCGUAGCCAGACUAGGUGCACUCAUCUGGGGGAUAGAAACAGCAGGACUCCCCUGUGAGUGCCACAGGUUUCCAGGGUGUGAUUGUGGAGAAGAAGAAGAAGAAUAGCCCUGCUGUUAUCUCAUCCCUCCUUUCCUCUCUUCAUCCCUCUCUUCCCCUCCCCUGCUCAUCGAGGAUGAGAGUGAGGUGGGACUACAAGUCACCUGCAAUGGCAGACUCGCACAGAGAGAGGGUCAUGCCUAGGUCACUCUUCCUCUUGCUUCUCUUCCUCUUGUCCCUCUGCUCCCCCUGUCUGUCUAUCCAUGCGGCAACAGCAGAGAGCCACAGUACGUUUACCUGUGAGCCAGUAGGACUGCGGAUGUGCCAGGACCUGCCUUACAACGCCACCUUCAUGCCCAACCUCCUCAACCACUAUGACCAGCAGACUGCCGCGCUCGCCAUGGAGCCCUUCCACCCCAUGGUGAACCUGCAGUGUUCGGAGGACCUGAGGAUGUUCCUGUGUGCUCUCUACGCUCCAGUCUGUAUGGAGUAUGGCCGGGUGUCCAUGCCCUGCCGAGCCCUGUGCCACCGCGCCAAGAGGGACUGCCACAAACUCAUGGAGAUGUUUGGGGUGGCCUGGCCAGACGAGAUAGAGUGUAGCAAGUUCCCAGACUGUGACGAGCCCUACCCCCGUGCGGUGGACCUCCAGACCAGCGUGGAUCCCACCGACAUCUCUCCUAUGUCUGUCCAGAGGGACUUCGGCUUCUGGUGCCCCCGCGAGCUCAAAGUAGAGCCCGACCUGGGCUACUCAUUCCUGGGUGUGAGGGAGUGCUCACCCCCGUGCCCCAACAUGUACUUCCAACGCCCGGAGCUCACCUUCGUCCGCUACUUCAUCGGCGUGGUGUCCAUCGUCUGUCUCUCGGCGACACUCUUCACCUUCCUCACCUUCCUCAUCGACGUCACGAGGUUCCGCUACCCGGAGCGGCCAAUCAUUUUCUACGCUGUGUGCUACAUGAUGGUGUCGCUGGUGUUCUUCCUGGGCUUCCUAUUGGAGGACAGGGUGGCGUGCAACGCGGCAAGCCCGGCCCAGUACCGGGCGGCCACCAUCACACAGGGCUCCCACAACAAGGCAUGCACGCUGCUGUUCAUGGUGCUCUACUUCUUCACUAUGGCGGGCAGCGUGUGGUGGGUCAUCCUCACCAUCACCUGGUUCCUGGCGGCCGUGCCCAAGUGGGGCAGCGAGGCCAUCGAGAAGAAGGCCCUUCUCUUUCAUGCCUGUGCCUGGGGCCUGCCCGGCUGCCUCACCGUGGCCCUGCUGGCCCUCAACAAGAUCGAGGGCGACGGCGUGAGUGGCGUGUGCUUUGUGGGCCUCUACGACGUCACGGCGCUGCGCUGGUUCCUGCUGGCGCCUCUCUGCCUCAACGUGGUGGUGGGUGUGUCUCUGCUUCUGACGGGGAUUGUGGCUCUGAACCGUGUGCGUAUGGAGAUCCCUCUGGAGAAGGAGAACCAGGACAAGCUGGUGAAGUUUAUGAUCCGUAUCGGGGUGUUCUCUGUGCUCUACCUGGUGCCCCUGCUCACGGUAAUCUCCUGCUACCUGUAUGAACACAGCUACAGGACUCUCUGGGAGACCACCUGGGUCCAGGAGCGUUGCAGAGACUACCACAUACCCUGUCCCUACCAGGUUGAGCAGACCAGUCGUCCAGACCUGGCCAUGUUCCUCAUUAAGUACCUGAUGAUGCUGGUGGUGGGGAUUCCCUCCGUUUUCUGGGUGGGCAGCAAGAAGACCUGCUUCGAAUGGGCCAGCUUCCUACACAGACGCAGACACAAAGAUAGUGGGGUGAAUGAGAGCAGACAUGUGCUCCAGGAGCCAGACUUUGCCCAGUCUCUACUGAGGGACCCCCACAUCCCCAUCAUCAGGAAAUCACGGGGAACCUCCACCCAGGGCACCUCCACCCAUGCAUCCUCCACUCACCUGGCCAUUCUUGACGAGCCUGACGACCCUAGACACGCCCUUGAUGACCGCAGACCAAUCCACUCACUGGGCCACGUCUCCUCCACCCGCAGCAAGGCUGGCAGCGUGCACAGCAAAACCAGUUACCAUGGCAGCCUGCAUCGCUCCCGAGACGGACGCUACACCCCCUGUAGUUACCGAGGCGGCGAGGAGCACACUCUAGCCCCCCACGUCAGCACGCCCUGCCUCAACCACCCGCUGUCCACUCACAGCAGCCUCUACCGACUGGAUGCCCAAUCACGGCACAGCAGCCAGUGUGAUCUCUCCGUGGCCCCACCCACCCUUAUCACCCACGGGACAAGCUUCGGCCACAUCGCUAAUGAUGGCGACAAUGGAGCCAGCGCCUGACUAGGAACAGGAAAUUAUGUCAUCACUGCUGAACAAGAAGUUGUCAGUUGUCCCGCUCCCCACCUUUGACAGACACACAGGUCCCUCCCAUUCAGCAGGAGGGUGUGAGAGACGGAGUGGGGCUUUCAGUUUGACUGACAAAUGGAUCUCUCCUGGACAGCCUUUCACAGAGGUUGCUAACUAGCGAGAUGCUAACCCUCAAUCAGUCAGUUGGCCUUGGACUGGGCUCCCAAUGGAGGGAAUGGCUACAUGGACAGAAAGCCAGCCCACUAUGAAUGAGGGGGGUUCUAUGUGUACUCUGAUACACACCAAGAGACCCAGAGAUGAGCUGAUAAAGUCUACUCUGUGUGUGUGUGUUACGGUGCUCUUGUGCUGUGGCUGUGAAACAAGACUAUUAUAAUUUUUUAUACUCUGAAGAUUGGCUGUGAAUACUGCUGAAAAGAUGUGCAUGUGUGUACAUGUAGUGCGGUACAUUAAACAGCACUAUACUCCCACCUGGUGGAGAGAAACUAUAGAAGUUAGGAGAGAAAGAGUUGCUUGAGAUCAACCCUUAGGCCCAACUUCCUAUGCAUUCCUGUAGAUCAGAAAGGAUUGAAUAGGGUUCAAUAAUAAGGUAAUUCCUUCACCUUGCCUUCUGAUACGAUAGGUGAAGAAAAACAUUUGUUUGGCCAUAUUGCUUCAGGGCACAGCAGUGGCGCAGUGGUCUAAGGCACUGCAUCACAGUUCUAGCUGUGCCACUAGAGAUCC